CGGAAUUGUGGGCGACUCGGCUAAUGGCGUCGGCGAGUCUGGGCGCCCGGGGCGGGCAUCGCUGAAGCUUCUGGCUAGCUCGGCCGGUGACGCCCGCCGUGGCCGGGCCCCGCGGUAGCGGGAGGGACCUGCCCGCCUGGUGGGCUCCCGAGCGGGCGCCGGUGGAGCCUCGCGGGGCCGGCACGGCUGCGGGCAGAGCUCGGCGAGCAGCCGUCGGCGGUGCGGGGCGGCGGAGGGGGGUCUCUCGGGCACGCCUCGGGGGCUCGCCCAGGCCCGGCAGGAGUGCGCCCGCGGAGCGCUGGGCUCGGGCUGCUGGAGGCUGACAGUGCCAGCUUGGCGGUGCCGUUCCCCGAUCGGCUAGGACCCAGGGGUAGACCAUGUCCGGCACCAACAGCCCCGAGGCUGUGAAGAAGCUACUGGAGAAUAUGCAGAGCGACUUGCGGGCCUUGUCACUAGAAUGCAAGAAGAAAUUUCCACCUGUCAAGGAGGCUGCUGAAUCCGGAAUAAUAAAAGUUAAAACAAUAGCUGCAAGAAACACUGAAAUUUUGGCAGCUCUGAAGGAGAACAGCUCAGAAGUUGUGCAGCCUUUCCUCAUGGGGUGUGGGACCAAGGAGCCCAAGAUCACUCAGCUGUGUCUGGCCGCCAUUCAGAGACUGAUGUCACAUGAGGUGGUGUCUGAGACUGCUGCUGGAAACAUAAUUAACAUGCUUUGGCAGCUAAUGGAGAACAGCCUAGAAGAACUUAAGCUACUACAAACAGUACUUGUUCUCUUAACAACCAACACAGUAGUUCAUGAUGAGGCACUUUCUAAGGCAAUUGUUCUUUGUUUUCGACUCCACUUCACAAAGGACAAUAUUACAAAUAAUACAGCCGCUGCCACAGUACGGCAGGUCGUCACUGUGGUCUUUGAGAGGAUGGUGGCCGAAGAUGAGCGACACAAAGACAUAGAGCCACCAGUGCUGGUCCAAGGAAACAGUAACCGAAGGUCUGUGAGCACCCUGAAGCCUUGCGCUAAAGAUGCAUAUAUGCUUUUCCAGGACCUCUGUCAGUUGGUGAACGCUGACGCCCCCUACUGGCUAGUUGGCAUGACGGAAAUGACUCGGACUUUCGGCCUUGAGCUGCUGGAGUCCGUCCUCAAUGACUUUCCUCAAGUCUUUCUACAACAUCAGGAAUUCAGUUUCCUCCUCAAAGAAAGGGUGUGCCCUCUUGUGAUCAAGCUCUUUUCUCCAAACAUAAAAUUCAGACAAGGUUCCAGCACAUCAUCUUCUCCUGCACCAGUGGAAAAACCGUACUUUCCCAUCUGCAUGCGUUUGCUGAGAGUGGUGUCUGUUCUGAUCAAGCAGUUUUACAGUCUUUUGGUAACUGAGUGUGAAAUAUUUCUGUCUCUUCUGGUGAAGUUUCUGGAUGCAGAUAAACCACAGUGGCUGCGAGCUGUUGCAGUGGAAUCGAUACACAGGCUCUGUGUGCAGCCUCAGUUAUUAAGGUCAUUUUGUCAGUCGUAUGACAUGAAGCAGCAUUCCACCAAGGUUUUCCGAGACAUUGUGAAUGCACUGGGCUCCUUUAUCCAGUCUUUGUUUCUCGUCCCUCCUACUGGAAACCCUGCCAUAGCCAACCAAGCUGGAAACAAUAAUGUUGGUGGCCCAGUCUCAGCACCAGCCAGCUCAGGAAUGGUGGGGAUUGGUGGAGGUGUUACUCUACUACCAGCAUUUGAAUACAGAGGAACUUGGAUACCUAUCCUGACUAUUACAGUUCAAGGCAGUGCGAAAGCCACCUACCUAGAGAUGCUGGACAAGGUUGAACCCCCAACUAUACCAGAGGGCUAUGCCAUGUCUGUAGCGUUCCACUGUCUAUUGGAUCUUGUCCGUGGAAUCACCACCAUGAUAGAAGGAGAGUUAGGAGAGGUUGAAACCGAGUGUCCUACAGUCACUGAAGGAUCAAACUCACAGUCAUCAGAACAGCACGACGAGCAGUCAGUGUCAGAUCAGGUGGAGAAGGAGACAGUUAGUAGAGCCGUUUGGGAAGAGAUGGUGAGCGCUUGCUGGUGUGGUCUUCUUGCUGCCCUCUCACUCCUUCUAGAUGCCAGCACAGAUGAGGCUGCCACUGAGAAUAUUUUGAAAGCUGAACUGACUAUGGCUGCUCUGUGUGGAAGACUGGGCCUCGUGACAUCAAGGGAUGCUUUCAUCACCGCAAUCUGCAAAGGGUCCUUGCCUCCGCAUUAUGCUCUGACCGUGCUCAACGCCACCACCGCAGCUACACUUUGCAAUAAAUCAUAUUCUAUCCAGGGCCACAGUGUCAUGAUGAUAAGUCCGUCCAGUGAGUCCCACCAGCAAGUUGUGGCAGUGGGUCAGCCCCUGGCAGUCCAGCCUCAAGGAACAGUAAUGCUAACUUCCAAAAACAUCCAGUGCAUGAGGACACUACUUAACUUGGCUCACUGUCACGGUGCUGUGCUCGGAACAUCGUGGCAACUCGUGCUGGCAACUCUGCAGCAUCUUGUGUGGAUUCUGGGACUAAAGCCGAGUGGUGGUGGUGCCUUGAAGCCGGGAAGAGCUGUAGAAGGACCCAGUACAGUUCUGACAACAGCAGUGAUGACAGAUUUGCCAGUGAUUUCCAACAUACUCUCAAGACUCUUUGAAAGCUCACAGUAUCUUGAUGACGUAUCUUUGCAUCAUUUAAUAAAUGCACUUUGUUCCUUAUCUCUAGAAGCAAUGGAUAUGGCCUAUGGAAAUAACAAGGAACCAUCUCUUUUUGCUGUUGCCAAACUAUUAGAAACUGGUCUGGUUAAUAUGCACAGAAUAGAAAUUUUAUGGAGACCUCUAACUGGCCAUCUACUUGAGAAGGUGUGCCAGCAUCCAAACUCUCGAAUGAGGGAAUGGGGAGCAGAAGCCCUGACAUCCCUCAUUAAAGCAGGGCUGACAUUUAACCACGAGCCGCCACUCUCCCAGAACCAGAGGCUGCAGCUGCUCUUGUUGAACCCACUAAAGGAGAUGUCCACUAUUAACCACCCAGAUAUUCGACUCAAGCAAUUAGAAUGUGUGUUGCAGAUUCUGCAGAGCCAGGGGGACAGUCUUGGGCCUGGGUGGCCAUUAGUUCUUGGAGUCAUGGGAGCAAUCAGAAAUGAUCAAGGAGAAUCAUUAAUAAGAACUGCCUUCCAGUGUCUUCAGUUGGUUGUAACAGAUUUUCUACCAACAAUGCCAUGUUCUUGCCUACAGAUAGUUGUAGAUGUUGCAGGGAGCUUUGGGCUUCAUAACCAAGAACUUAAUAUUAGUUUAACCUCAAUAGGCUUAUUGUGGAAUAUUUCAGAUUAUUUUUUCCAAAGAGGGGAAACUAUCGAAAAAGAGUUAAAUAAAGAAGAGGCAGCCCAGCAGAAGCAGGCGGAAGAGAAAGGAGUGUCUCUAAAUCGGCCAUUCCACCCUGCACCACCGUUCGAUUGCUUGUGGCUGUGUCUUUAUGCAAAACUGGGUGAACUUUGUGUGGACCCUCGCCCCGCUGUGAGGAAGAGUGCAGGGCAGACACUGUUUUCUACAAUUGGUGCACAUGGGACCUUACUGCAGCAUUCCACCUGGCACACGGUCAUCUGGAAGGUACUCUUUCAUCUAUUGGACCGAGUUCGAGAGUCUUCUACAACUGCAGACAAAGAGAAGAUUGAAUCUGGGGGUGGAAAUAUUUUAAUUCAUCACUCAAGAGACACAGCAGAAAAACAGUGGGCUGAGACAUGGGUCUUGACGUUGGCUGGAGUGGCGAGAAUCUUCAAUACCAGGAGAUACUUGCUGCAGCCAUUAGGAGACUUUUCAAGAGCUUGGGACGUUCUUCUUGACCACAUUCAGUCAGCUGCACUCAGCAAAAACAAUGAAGUGUCCUUGGCGGCUCUGAAGAGCUUCCAGGAAAUCUUGCAGAUUGUGUCUCCUAUCAGAGACACAGAGAAGCCCGAGACACCGCCUGUGGUUAAUAUGCCUGUGCCUGUCCUUAUAGGAAGCAUUUCAGGCCCAGGCCUCAACAGGCCAUUUGUAAGAACAGAUUCCAUUGGAGACAAGCUUGGUAGAUACAGUUCUGAGCCGCCCGUAGUGACUGAUGAGCUGGAAGAUUUGAGCCUCUGGUGGGCUGCCUGGAAUGCCUGGUAUAGAAUUGGUUCUGAAAGCACAAAGCCACCAAUUACUUUUGAUAAGCUAACCUUUAUUCCCAGCCAGCCUUUUCUCACAGCUUUAAUUCAGAUUUUCCCAGCUCUCUACCAGCACAUAAAAGCUGGCUUCAACAUGGAUGAUUUACACAAGUUGGGAGUCAUAUUGCACAGUGCUGUUUCAGUCCCAAUAAGUUCAGAUGCGUCCCCCUUCAUCCUUCCAUCUUAUACUGAAGCAGUCCUAACAAGUUUACAGGAAGCUGUACUCACAGCUUUAGAUGUUCUCCAAAAGGCCAUCUGCGUGGGACCAGAAAACAUGCAGAUAAUGUACCCAGCUAUAUUUGACCAGUUAUUGGCAUUUGUCGAGUUCUCAUGUAAACCUCCACAGUAUGGACAGCUGGAAACAAAGCACAUUGCAAAUGCAAAAUAUAAUCAGAUCCAACUAUUUGCACCGGCGGAAUGGGUAGCCCUGAACUAUGUACCAUUUGCUGAAAGAUCUUUGGAAGUAGUUGUCGAUUUGUACCAAAAAACAGCCUGUCAUAAAGCAGUGGUGAAUGAGAAAGUCCUCCAGAACAUUAUUAAGACUCUAAGGGUUCCUCUCAGUUUGAAGUAUUCCUGCCCUUCUGAAAGCACAUGGAAACUGGCAGUAGCAUCUCUCCUCAAAGUCCUUUCCAUCGGGCUGCCUGUCGCCCGACAGCAUGCUUCAUCUGGGAAAUUUGACAGCAUGUGGCCAGAAUUAGCCAGCACUCUUGAAGACUUCCUCUUUACUAAAAGCAUACCUCCAGAUAAUCUUUCUAUUCAAGAAUUUCAAAGAAAUGAAAGUAUUGAUGUUGAAGUGGUCCAGCUUAUCAGUGCAGAGAUACUCCCAUACGCCAAUCUUAUCCCUAGAGCCUUUGUGGGCCAGAUGAUGACCAUGCUCAACAGGGGCUCCAUACACUCCCAGUCCUCCUCAUUCACAGAAGCAGAGAUUGACAUCCGUUUGAGAGAAGAAUUUUCUAAAAUGUGUUUUGAAACGUUGCUGCAGUUUUCCUUCAGCAACAAAGUCACCACACCCCAAGAAGGCUACAUUUCACGAAUGGCACUGUCUGUGCUCUUAAAGAGGUCUCAGGAUGUCCUGCAUCGCUACAUAGAGGAUGAAAGGCUAAGUGGAAAGUGCCCUCUGCCAAGGCAACAAGUAACAGAAAUCAUAUUUGUUUUAAAAGCAGUCAGUACUCUCAUUGAUUCGCUUAAGAAAACUCAGCCUGAGAAUGUUGAUGGAAAUACCUGGGCACAGGUAAUCGCCUUAUACCCGACUUUGGUAGAAUGUAUCACGUGCUCAUCCUCAGAAGUCUGUUGUGCUCUUAAGGAGGCACUGGUUCCCUUUAAGGAUUUCAUGCAGCCACCAGCAUCCAAAGUUCAAAACGGAGAGUCAUGACCAGCUAGUCAUGCAGAUGGAGAAAGACAGCAUCCCAGGUCCUCUAUGGAAGGACGCCCUCUACCGAAGUCAUUCUUGGCAGCUCAUGUUUGCCUUCUUUAAAUGAAAGUGUAAUUACCUGUGUUCAGUAAUUCAUAUAGAAGCAUACGUAUCAACCAAGGCUCCUGGAGGAAUUGCAUGGAGCCUUAUAAAGGUGAUAUCGAUGGGAGGGAUAGUGAGCUCGACAUCAUACCUGCUACCGUAUCUUCAGUUGGUGAUUUUUACAAGUGAGCUUAUGUACAGUGUGUGGUGUGCGUGUCAAUGAUGUGCUUUUUUAAAAGCAAGAAAAAAUAUUUCCCAUUCAGAUUUUUAAGGCUGGUGUUUUGCACCCUUUUUCAAGUACAGAAUUGUACUAAAAUUUUAUGCAAGGUGGUACUGUAACAUUCCAUAUUAUCUACAGCCAGCCUUUGUGAACACAAAGGGAACUGAUAUACUGUGUGUAUAAUAAAUGGUACAGUUCUGUAUAAAAUAGUUGCAUUUAUUUAAAGUUUAAAAAUAUUGAUGUUAAAUGCUUGAAGCUGUAUUUAUUAUUAAUACAAAAUUGUUUGCUUACAUUUUUACUUCUGAUUUGCCUUCUUAUGGGGCAGAUAAGCUUAUUAUGUAACCACACAGUUAGCGUCAUGCUUUUUAUGUCUAUUGUUGGUGUCCAGAGGAUCAUGGGAAGAAGUGGGAGUUAGGAUCUGCUGACUUCACACCUUGGAAGCACAGGUUGUAACAGAAUACACUGAGAUACCAUUGUAGCACGAUGACCCCAAAAUCAUACCUCAUUUCUUUAAGCCUCUCUCAGCUUUCAUGUGUCUGUUUUUAUAUUUGCUGUCUGAGUUUUAAAGACUUCGUAUUUUAUAUUUCUACUGACUUUUCCUGUGACAUUUGUCACUGUCUUUGAAUCACCAAGGCAAGAUGACUUGAGGUUUCAUGAAACUUUGCCUGUGAGGUCUUGUUCAUUUCUGUGUUUCCCUUUCUGAGUUCCUCUCAAGACAAAACAACACUGGGCUAGCCCACAGUAUAAACCACGUGUCACAGGCAGGCAAGCAACCAGAGGGAGCCAGUGUUUCCCAGUGCAGCAAGCUUACUGGGGUAGAGUGAAGCGCUCACGCUGUGACAGUCUAUGACCUGUCUCUUACAAAACUGACUGUGACCUCGCUGGAUGCAUUCUUUAUUUAAUUAUGCUGCUGUAAUAUUUUUCUCCCACGCUAAAAUUUCAUUUCACAGAUUCUGAAAACAUGAAAAAUGAUGACAACGUUGCUAAUAAUAAGAAAUGAUAAUGGGGCUGAUAUUAUUUUAAUGUACUAGAAAGCUUUUGACUUUAACAAGGUUUAUAAAUUUUGGGCUCUCCAGAAUAAUCAUAACUAUAAAGUGACAUUUAAGUUGUGUGAUCAAUGUUAUACAAUUUUGAGGCUAUUUUAAUUAUGUAAUGAUUUAAUUUGCACUAUAUUGUGUAUACGUAUGGUAAGGCCUAUUUUGAAGAAUAUUAUUUUUAUUCACAUGAAUCAAUGAAUUUCUAUUUUAUUAUUUCAUCUAAGGUUAAGGUAAAACAUGGCAUUUCAUAGACUGUGCUGUCAGUGUUUUCUUAAAGGUGUAAAAAAAUGACUCAAGCCGUGUAUUUUUUAUAUUUUGGUAUAUCUACUUGUGGAUUUAAAAAUAGAGGUAUCACGGAUAAAGUAUCAAAAUAACAAGGGUGGCAACAUUAAUAACAAGGGUGACAACAUUUUCAAAGUAUUGCCAUGAGUUUAUAUAAAGUAAAAGUGUGCUAAUAGCAGAUCAACUGCAAUCUGAAUGAUUAAUCUCCAGUGAAGGUUAUCUGUAAGUCAGGGUCUACAGCAUACAGUUAUAUGAACUUGAGCUAAUACAUUAUUAGCUUCAAUGCCAAUGUCAUGUUGUAUAGUUCAAAACAUAAAAAUGUGUUGAGUGUCAAUGUACAUUAAUUAAUGACAGUCCCAAUGUCAAGCAAGUGAGCCACUCCCUCAGUGGACUAAUUGACAGGCUUCUUCCCCAAAUUUCUCUGAACUCCCAAGGAGUUACUUCUGUAAUGAAUGCCUCUGGACCACACAUUCUUCUCAGCUACAUUUUCUUAUAUGUGCUGAUCCUGGACAAUGGUCAAGACAUUGUCCUUGUUCUGUAAGUCACUACAAGAACUGGGCUUCUUGGAGUUACUAGAUUCCAACCAUGAAGCACUAGGUUCAGUCUCCAUCAUUGCCCCCCCCCAACCAAUCCCCAACCCCAGUGCCAUGAGUUUUAAAUAUCAGAGUUUUUGCCACUGACCAUCUGUUAGAGAUUGCUGAACACAGGCUGUGCCAACAACUGGAUGAUCAUAGAGGUCUUCAUGUAAUUGUUUACUUGCAUAGAUCACCUUUUAGAUUCUACUAGUGCAACCACUACCAAGGAAGAAAGGGCAGUUUUGUAGUCUUAUUUCUUUAUGAUUAACUUCAAAUUUUGUUAGUUUUACUAUAUGCAUUUUACAUAACAUUUAUUAAAAACCUAUUAUGUGCCAAAAGGAAAAAAUUAAGUCUGACUAAAAAAGAAAUGCUUUUAUCUUUUUAUUAACAUUUAUGUUCUCACCUGUUUCCCCCAUAUGGUUGUUGAGCGAACACCUGCUGCAUUCUUUAAAUUAUAAAAAGCAUCAGAAGAAAACAGUGUACAAUUUAGUGUAUGUUAUCCUAGUGAAUAACAUUCACUUUAAGUAGCAGCCAAUAACAUUUAAAAGGUGCUAGGAAACAUCAGAAAUGCAUCCAUUUAACAAAAUGCUCAUGACAGUGGGUCAAGAGAAGGCACUGUUGUGUACACUCCUCAGAUGUACAUAAUCCAUGUGUAGCCCGAUCUCUGAGAGUUGGCUAAGUGCCACUAAAGAAGAGGACACUUUCAGGAAAUACCUGCCUGUGAUCUCCAAUGAACUUAACUGGAAAUCAAGACCCAAAAUAGAUUUGUGCCUGGGUUCAGGCUACUGUGGGUUAUAGAUUUCUCUAGAAAACUGCCACAAAAGUAGACAAGAAUGGUCUCUUCAGAAGCACUACUAGCAACCUAAAAUGUCCCAACUUACUAGAUUUGGCAUUUUGGAGAUACCCUGAAUUGUCAAAAGAUGACAAUUUGCAGUGCUUAGGGCUACAAGGCUGUCUUUAUUAAACCGAACUAUGUUUUGUUUUGUUUUGUUUUGUUUUUAUUUGUGAGAAGCACGGGUAUUACAGGGCAUUGUAUGACUGACUUACAUAUAGUAGAUAAAUAGUUUUGCUACUUCAUGGUCAUUUGAAUUAAAAUUUUGUAUGUAUGGAGAGUAGAGCAGUGCUUUCAUUUUAAUGUUUUUGUAAAUGGGAAAGUUGUCAUUAAUUUACAUGCCAGCCAUUUUAGAAGAGUUGGAUUAAAUCCAGUCUUUUUUACUGUAUAAGCAGUGUUGGUUUUGGGGAGCCGUGUGGAUAAGCUGGGUGUAGGGGCUCAUGCCUGUGAGGCCAGUAAGGCAGAGGUAGGGGGGUUCACACAAGACUUCUGGGGCAGCUGGCAUGACACACGGAGGCCCUUGCUCAGAAAGCAAGGCAAGUGAGCAGAGUUAGUGCUGUGACUAUGAGUACUCUCUACAUGAGCUUGCAGUGACAAGCUGAGAGUCUGCCUCCCAAUUACCUUUAAGCAGCUCCCCAAAGCGGCCGCUUGUAUCUCUAAAACAUGAUCGUAAGCCACUGGCUCUUCAGAGAAGUGCUCAGGCUGAGUGUGGACAUGGCUUCAUGAGGACAUCCUUGGCACUCAUUCAUGUUCGAUGAUGCACUGUUACAUCCAAAGAGUAACUACUGUUCUUGCCCUUUUCUUGGGCAUCGCUGUCAUUCCCUCCCAUUUAAGUUAUAUGUUUACCUUCCUUUCUCCUCGUUUUUAUCUCUUCACUCCUCUUCCUAUUACCUGCCCAUUCACACUUCCCUCCUCUUUCAGUGUGAAAGUAAGAGUAAUAGAAACACUGGUGACCACGUCCCAUGAAGUGUGAUUAUAGAAGUGCCUUCCACGCUGGCCCCUGUUGCCUUUUUGCUGAGGUGAAGUUCCCUGCCAUCUUAAAAUGACAGAACAGUGUAAAGCAGUUUACGACUAUCGCCUACUGUAUUUCUAUGAUUCUGUCACCAAGACAGAAUGGGAUCGAUAUAAUAAAUGGAUUCAGUAGCUAAA